AUGGCCCAUAUUGUUGCUGUUAUUGACAUACAAGUUCUUCUGGGCAUGAAGACCAGCACGUCGUAUGAUUAUUUGUUGAUGUUGCCGACCGAAGUUCAGUAUGUGUGGCAAGUCAAAUGGGGUGUCGGAAAAGUGUUGUACCUGCUAUCAAGAUAUCCACUGUUAUUGGUUUCCCUUGUGGACUUGCAUCGGAUGACUAGUCAUGUCGCAUCCGAAAAGGAGUGCCGUGUGCUAUACACUCUCAUUUAUCACACUAUGGCGUUUGCUACGAUGAUCUCAGAGGUCAUCCUGAUAAUUCGCGUAUGGGCCCUGUGGCAGCGAAGAAUUUGGGUGAUAGCUGUUCUUGGCUCCAUUCUGAUCGCUGGCAUGAUAACUGCAGGAAUUGUCGCUGAAGGAGCACUACGUGGUGUAGAUGUCAUUUCUAACUAUAGGGUGGUAUCUCUCUCGUACCCGGCGUGCUUGAAUGUCGGCAAAGGACGCAGAAUGUCCAUCGUCUUGUACAUAAUAAUAAUGGUGAAUGGGACAGCCGCCUUCUUGUUAAUGAUUAUCGAUGGUAUCAGAUCUCGACGUUAUCUAUGUCACGGCUUCGUACAGAACUCUUCAAUGAUGCACACCUUUUACAAGGAUGGUCUUCUAUACUUCGCAGCUUUGCUUGCAACGUCUAUUAUCAAUACGACUGUUAGCCUGACUCAGCCUCUUGAAUACGCCAACCUACUUCUCUCGGCACAAACCUCGCUGCAUUCCGUGCUGUCAACGCGAAUGCUUCUAAACCUGCGACAUAGCGCACAGAGAGAUAUCAGCGACGUCAACUCCGUCGCAGAUCCAAGCACCUACCACAGAAGACACAAUAUCACAGGUCUCAGAUUUGCUACGGAUACUGACAGCAGUACGGGUACUGCUUGA